AUGUCUUCGCUUUCAUUACGUUACGCCUAUUUGCAUGGUUUUGCUUCUUCCGCUUCAUCAAAGAAAGGCGUUGCACUAAAAGCAUGGUUUUCUUCAGUAUUGAAUAAAGAUCUAUUGUUACCUGAUUUAAACAUUCCAUCGUUUCAAACGUUAUCUGUGACAAAAAUUGUUGAUACUCUAGAAAAAACACUAGUAGAUUCUAACUGUCGGUGGUGUUUAAUCGGUUCAUCUCUUGGUGGAUUGUGUGCCACGUUAUUAACACAACGUCAAAAAGAAUUGAUUCACUCUCUGAUACUGUUAUGUCCUGCGCUAGAAGCAGAAAAGCUAUGGUCAUUGAAGUUGAGUGAAACACAGUUGAAUGAAUGGAAAACGAGUGGUGUAAAAAACUAUUUUCAUUAUAUAACACAGAAAGAAGAACCAUUACAUUAUGAAUUUUACAAUAAUCUGAAAGAGCAAAUAAACUAUCCGUUAGUCAAUUGCCCAGUAACAAUCAUUCAUGGAAUAGACGAUGAUCUUGUGCCGAUUGAAACCAGUAGACAUUAUGUUCAAUUAUUAAAACAACAACAAAAUAGAAAUAUCAAAUUAAUAGAAGUUCAAGAUGAUCAUUUAUUAUCAAAACCUGAUACAACAAAGAUAAUUUUAAAAACAGUAGUUAAACAAUGGUUUCCAUCUAAAAUGAAUAACAUCGAGUUAUUAUAA